GGUUUCAGAAGACUUUAUUGUCUUUAUGAAAAGUUUCUCAGCAGCAAUGAAGAGUUUUCUGUUUCUUUUUGGGUUUUUCACAGGAAUCGUCUCCAUUUUUCCCCCUGGCUCCCGUAAGUACUAUCUGAUCCAGCAGGGGAAAACAUGGAGUGAUGCUCAGGUUUACUGUCGGGCCACACACACUGACCUGGCUAUCAUUAAAAACACUGAUGACGUAGUCCAAUUUCAGGAUGAAGUACAGAAACAAAAAUUCAGUUCUAAUGCCUGGAUUGGACUGAGCGUUGAUGUCAGUAGCUGGCACUGGUCUUAUGGAAAUUAUCCCCUGGGAAUUUUUACAGAUUGGGCAGGAGGAGAGCCUAACAACUGGGGUGGACAUGAAGAAUGUGGUGUAAUAAACACUAAUGCUUGGAAUGAUAAACCAUGCACAUCGAUGUUUGCCUAUAUGUGCUUUGACAACAGUAAAACUGGCACUGACCAAAUCAUUUAUUUCUCUAAUAUAACAACAUGGGUUGAAGCUCAGAGUUUCUGUAGACAGUAUUAUACAGACCUGGCCACUAUAACAACCACUGCAGAAAACACCUUUAUAAAGAGACUGGUCACUGGCUUUACCUGGUUUGGUUUGGUCAGAGACUCCUGGAAGUGGAUAGACCAAACCAACUUCUCAACCAUCAGUUGGCGUUCUGGACAACCAGAUAAUUUUAAUCUUAUGAAUGAAGACUGUGGCUUUAUAAAUAAUGGUCAGGUUGCAGAUGCAGCAUGCUCACUCGUAAUGCCUUUUUUCUGUUACUCAGAAAUUACGAAAAGGCAACAGAUCGUAAGUGUGAAGGUUCAGUCCAAUCAGGAUGUGAAUGUUCCUGAAGUAAAGGAAGCCAUCUUGAAGCAGAUCAUGCAGAAAAUGAAGGAGCGCAUUAUGUCUGAGAACAUUCUGGUGAGAUGGCGAGAGAAGCCAGGUGGAGAAGUGUUUCACAAGGAGAAGGGAAAUCAGAGAACAAUGGAAAAUGUGAACAGAGGAACAUGUGACAUCUAAGUCUUUGGAAGGGUUUCAGAAUAAUUUUAUAGUAAAUGUAUAUUUCCGUGUAAAUGCUCAGCUGAGAAGGCCAGAUCAUCAGAAUUAAACUCUGAUGUGUCCUCAAUAUAUGUAGAAGGAAAAACAACAUUUAUCCAUGGUGAUUAUACUGUACAUACUACCUACUGAUAACAGAACAUUAGAACAUUUUAGGGCUUUAAACAUCAUGAGCAGGACAUUGUAGUGGAUUUAAAAGACAGCAGGUGUAUACGGAAUAAGAGGAUAUAACUUGUGCUGAUUAACUCUUAGUUUAUUACGCUUAAACAUUUAACUUCAAAUAAUUUAUUUAUUCCAUCCGUCCAUCAUGGUUCCCUGGUGGUCUAGUGGUUGGGAUGCGGUGGUUCGAUCCCCACUUGUACGAUACUAGGGCUUGUACCCCCGACCUUCCGAUCGGUAACCCAGUGCCUUAACCACUGACCCCCCACUCUCCUUAGAUUGUGAGCUGUAGUUUGUUCUGGGUAGUGAUUGAUAAGAUUGAUGUAGAGUGUGAUGUACUAUAUUAUUUACUUUUAAUUUUUCUUCUGAUUAAGUUAAAAUCCUGCACAUGGUCAUUUACUUGUACUUUUAAGUAGUUUUUAAACACAGUGGGUACAGAAAGUAUUCACACCCCUUAAAUUCUUCACUCUUUUUUGUAUUGCAG